AUGCCUGCCUCUACGACAACUAGCCAAGGGAUAGUCUCAUACGCCAUUGUUGCUUCUGUGAUAACUCCAACAUGCACCGUCCUCAGCUCAAGCCAACCUGUUCAGCUUACUCGUCAAAUCAUUUCGGACCAGCCAACUGUCCAACACGUGCGGUCAUAUCCCAAGUCAAAGGUGAUUGAGCAGAUUUCUCUCACACAAACUCUUAUGACGGACACCAACCCAAACCUCUGUUUCCGCAUGAAUGUCAAACUUCGAAACCCAAGCACACCGGAGCGCCAUGCAGAGUUCAAAUGUGCCGUCAUUAGAGGACUGCGGUGCCGAGUGGAAGAAGUGACCAAGACCUUCACCAAGCCGACCUUGGGAAACCAACAUAUCCAAGAUGAUUAUGCAAACCAACGCGAACAAGCGCAAGUUUCUGUGCGAGAAUUAUGCAAUGAGAAGCAAAAAGGCCACUGGAGCAUAAUUGAGAACCCAGUUAUCAAGACACACGAAACCUCCCAGAAGCCUUCUACCGUCGACAUCAACUUCGGCUUCACGAUUCCGAAAACAUCAAAGCCCGCACAGCCUGCCGAUCUGUCUUGCUACGCAUUCGAUCCCGAGCAUUUCAAUCCGACUUCUUUACCUCCAGAGCUUCGCUCUCGUUACUCCUCAACUACACAUGAGAGACUGGCAAUCGUUGUCGAGCACCGAUUAAAGCUGGACUUAAUCACGGGUGAAGACACUUUCAGCCGAGAGAACCAGAUCCUCGUUGAUCGAAAAAUAAUAGGAGCAGCUGUGAAUGCAUCUUUCCCUCUGACCCUUCUUGAGAAGUAUGAGGGAGACAUUUCAGAUUUGGCUUUGGACAAGACGCCUCCAAGGUAUGAGGAGGUUCCGAUGGCGCCUCCCGACUAUGAUUGCUUUGCUGCAUUGCCACUCCCCGACAGUGCUACUUAA